AUGGUGAGUAAAGAGGACAGCAAAUGCAUGGUUGCGUCAGACUCCGAUGACUCAGAUUCAGACAACAGCCUCGUCCACAACCUUGAUGGACAGCAGGUGAAAAAGAAAAACAAGGCCUUGCAGGUGCGUUUUAAGGAUAUCUGCGAAGCACAGAAUGAAUACAGAGGAAAACACACCAGAUCCAUUUCCUGUAAAGUGACCCAUCGACAGUAUAUGACCAUGCCUGCCAGACGAUCCAUCCCAAAUGUCACCAAGAGUACGGGUGUGCAGACAUCUCCGGACCUGACAAAACGAUACAAGACUUUUCCCUUUGAGAGGAAAAAGGGACACACAUUUAAACACGCUGCGCUAGUGGAAGAUUACAAAGGACAAAACAAUGGCUUUUUGAGCGAUAUAAAAGCGGUUGGAGAGGACGGGCAACCCAUCGGAGUGUCUUCAAAAUGCAAGGGUAAGAUUGUGGGACAGACUAAAGCUUUACUCCAUCAUACCGACGACAGCAGCGAUACAGAGGAUUUGAUUUGCGACGCCAACUGUGUCGACGGACCCUCCUGUACAGACUCGCAUUUCUCACAAGAGUCUCGUCUGAGCAACCCUUCGACUAAAAGUGAAGCUGAGCAUCAGGAUUGUGGGACAAGGACCAAACACAAAGGAUUACCCCGAGAAGAAAUGGCUGCUGGCGUUUCCACCAUGCGUCCGAUGUCUGCCUCUGAGUUUGGCCAGGAGCGCUCAAAGGGCCCAGUGGCAUGGAAUUCUUUGACCCAAGUGGAGUCUUUAGGAAGCCCAGUGAAGGCUUGUAAGAGGAAAAAGGGAGCGCAGUUAAGCGAUCAGCAGUCACAGACACUUCCCCACAGUGCCAAAUGUUCAGCUCAGUCGCAAGGAUCGGGUCGGACGAGGCAUGCGUCGGCAUCCUCCAAAUUACAGCGUGGGCCAGGCACGGCUGAGGGCUUUCACCAAGGGAAUACCAGCGCUUCGGCCGUGGGCGGCGGUCAGCAGAUAAUUCCCUUAUCUGAUGACAAGGAUAUUAAAGCACAGCUGCAGGCCAUGGAGACGCUCAUCAACUCCAGCCAGGAGACCAUCAAGGUUCUGCUUGGAGUAAUUCAGGAGUUGGAGAAAGGUGAAGCACAACGAGAGGGGCUCACCUACCGAACAGGGCAAGACACGGCGAACUGUGACACUUGUCGAAACAGCGCAUGCAUCAUUUACAGCGUGGAGCUGGACUUCAAAUUGCAGGAGGACAAGCUGCAGCCCCUGAUGAAGAGACUUUGCCCCCAGGACAGCCAACAAUGUCCUGCCCUGCCUUACUCCAACGAAGUGUUCACAUCCACACCCAAACGUAAAUCCAAAUCGGACUCGAAGAAGCACGCCCGCUGGAAACUGUGGUUUCUUUGA